AUGCCGCUGGACGUUUACGAGAAACACCCUGUUGCUCUGGCCCGGGAAAGGGCCCGGGCAGAGGCUAUGGCGGCCGCACACGAUGAGGCCCAGGACUACUGCCGUAUCUGCCGUGGCGAGGCUUCCCCGAACCAGCCCUUAUAUUAUCCCUGCAAAUGCAGCGGGAGCAUAAAGUUCGUCCAUCAAGAGUGUCUUAUGGAGUGGCUGUCCCAUUCUCAAAAGAAAUACUGCGAGCUUUGCAAGACCCCGUUUCGCUUCACCAAGAUCUACGAUCGUUCCAUGCCCGCCACCUUGCCCUUUCCUCUUUUCCUCCGCCAAGUUGCGCUCCAUGCAAUAGGAGGUACAUCUCGCUGGGCUCGGUACUUGGCGGUGGGAAUCGUAUGGCUAUGUUGUCUGCCUUGGUGCAUAAGACAAGUUUGGCGAGGCCUGUUUUGGCUGGCCGACGGGGGUUGGUUAGACGAGAAGAUCCCUACAGAGCUCACUUCAAAUGUGACCUCAAGCUGGACUGCUGUACAGACUCCAGAAGCUGCGGCUGUCAACUUUACUCUUCCCGAGUACCUUGAACGGAUAAAGCUGGUGUUUCCUCCUAUGCAGGUAUCUUUGGCCGACAUUGCCAGACUGCUUUUCAGCCAGGGGAUGAUCGGCAGGUUUCUUCAGCUCAUCUUUUCUCUUUUCGUGCCUUAUCCAAGACAUCAUGCUGGCUCUGUCAAUGUAUCCAGCACGUCAUUACCAUCUUCGGUACUGGAAAGGCCCCCGUCAAUUCUAUCUGACGUUCAACUCCUGGCAAAUUGGUCGACUUCGCCCGCCAUCAACAAUGCCACUAUUGAUGUUGUGGAAGGGCAAUUAAUCUGCGUUCUCCUCGUUACAGCUUUCAUUCUUGUCUUUCUCAUUCGAGAAUGGGUAAUCAAUCAACAAAACGUCCCAAAUUUGCCUGAUGCCGACCUGGCCGAUGUCCCUCCGCCGGUCCCUCCGGUGCAAGAUGAAGCGGGACCCGUGGCGAUGCUACGACCUCAAGAACACGACCGUGCUCAGGAGGUAGAUGGUGAAGGCCGUCCCAUGGUUUUGGAGCACGGUCAACGGCCCAUCGCAAUGCCAAGGUUACGGCGAGCCCUCACCGAUGAUAACAUCUUGAAUGUCGACGAACUUGAACCUCAACGGCCGCACCUACCUGCUCGAUCGCACAGCGUGUCAACCAAUUCUGCUUCGGCUCCUGAUUAUGGCGUUGAAGAUGCCCCCGAAGAAAGCAGCGCGGUGGGGUAUGAUCUUGAUUCCAGGCCUCUCCGACGACACAGCCUGAGCAAUUCUAUUCUUGUUCAGAGAGGAUUUGAAGUCGCGCCCAGCGUGGAAGCCCUCGAAGUGACAUCUCAGGAGAGACUUCCAGCCAAUCUUGAAAGCGAUGCGCAUUUUGAGUCUCUCCCACCUACUUCUGAUCCAGUGCCAGAGUUCCAGUCAAGAGCUCCGGAUAUUGAGGAAUCCCCAUCACGCUCUGCUGGCCCUUUUCGACCAAGUGUAUUAUUGGCGGAAGGCGAGGACAUAGUGACUGAUGGCACCCAAGAACUUGUGGUUCCUCAGGUGAACGGAGCAGACAUCGGCCCGGACGAUCAAAACUUCCCGCCACCUGACCCAAGCAAUGCAGGUCGCCCUGCCCCGAAUGACGGGAACCAAGGUUCUGGCCCUGUCAGCCUCCAGGUCAAUCAGCGGCCGCUGGAAGAGCCGACAAUCCUCGAGAGGCUAUCAGAAUGGCUUUGGCAUACUGAUGAUGCCAGCAAUGGCCAGCCCCGCCCUGAAACACAACCUGAUGAGCGCGUUCAGGAUGAUGAAGGGAAUGAAGAAGAUGCGCUCCUAGAAGCUCCAUUCGUUCCGAACCAUCAACGCGAAGCCCCUCAACCUGAAGCCAUCUUCCCCGGGCCACAGCAACCUCGUGAGGCGCGAGAACCAGACUUUUUCCUGGGGGUUGAUCUGAACGACCCGAACGCUGUUGAUGAUGCCGAGGAUCUUGAUGGCGUUCUCGAAUUGCUCGGUAUGGAAGGCCCCAUCUUCGGCAUGAUUCAAAAUGUCAUCUUCAGCCUGUUCCUCAUUACAGUAACAUUGACUGCCAGUGUCUGGUGCCCUUAUAUCUGGGGUAAGAUCGCUCUUCUGGUAAUGUCAAACCCUGUCGGUAUGCUGGUCAAAGCGCCACUGUUUGUUUUGUCAAGGGCAGCAGACAUUGUGUUUGACAUGAGUUUCUUUGUUGCGGGACUUGUGGGGGUUUGCCUUACCCAACCGAUCAAGGUCAUCAAGGCUAUCAGUUUGCCACUCUUCCCUGGAAUCAGCGACGUUCUCAACCCUGGUCUGAUUGAAGGGAUUGCUCUAGAUCUCAGCCAGAAGAGCGGCGCACGACUUGAAAGAACCUUAUCCGGGGCCGCACUCCAUUUGAAACCGGACAUGCCGACCUUCUCUGUGGUGUCCCACCAAGCUCUAAACUCUUUCAGGGCGUCGUUUGGAGAUGCUGUAGCUUGGAUACUCUCUGUGACUGUCCAAGUUCAAUCCGCGCUGGCCACGGAACCUCUGAGCUUUCCUGCCAUCGUCGCGGCAUGUGGGAAAAUUCUCAAAUCAGUCCCGGGCCAGAUCUUAGGCUUGGUGUCGCUAGGCCUGGCAUCCCUGAGGAACUUGCCCAAAGAAUUGACCUCUGUUUCUUCUGCGAACGGAGAUGAGAUGGAUUACUCAUUGGUCGAAUGGAGUACAGAGGAUAGGAUCCUGACUAUUAUCCUGGGAUAUGCCUUCUUUGCCGCUGCUGGCAUUCUUUUCCUCGAGCUUGCUCACAUCGUACUGGGCCUUCAGUACAACGAAAAGGUCGAAGGUUAUUUUGCAGAUUGUCUUCGACAAGCAGGAGGGGUGAUGAAAGUCAUCGUCAUCAUCGGAAUCGAAAUGUUGGUCUUUCCACUAUAUUGUGGAUUGCUUCUUGACGUGGCAUUGUUGCCCUUGUUUGCCAACGCCACGUUCGCCAGCCGACUUGCCUUCAUUAUCAGGGCCCCGUUCACUGGCAUUUUCAUCCACUGGUUCAUCGGUACCUGCUACAUGUUCCACUUCGCUUUGUUUGUGUCAAUAUGCCGAAAAAUCAUGAGGACGGGGGUUUUGUACUUUAUCCGAGAUCCCGACGAUCCAAACUUUCAUCCAGUACGCGACGUACUUGAGCGACCGAUUCCGGCGCAGUUGGGGAAAAUUGCUUUCUCGGCGUUGGUGUAUGGCGGUCUGGUCAUUGUAUGCCUAGGUGGUGUUGUUUGGUCAUUGGCGUGGGUGGGUGUCGUCUUCCCCAUUCAAUGGGCAACGGCCGAACCAAAAUUGGCCUUCCCGGUGGACAUCAUAUUUUACAACUUUAUGCUUCCGUUUAUCUUACGGAAAGCAGAGCCGUCCAAAAAGAUCUCAGCCAUGUACAAGUGGUGGUUCCGAGCCUGCGCCCGAGUGUUGCGGUUGACGGAUUUCGUCUUCGGGGAACGGCGCGAGGACGAAAUGUACAGCCAUCCGAGAGGGCAUCUCUGGGGUGUGUUGGGGGCCAGAGACGCGACCAGCCCCGUGAAAGAGGGCAUUUUUGUCCGAGCACCUGCAUCCGAUUCUGUACGAAUCCCGAGAGGACGAAAGGUUUUCUUGGAAGUCACUGAACAGAAUGACCGUGUGGACGACCUUCCCGAUCCGGACUAUGGCAUCCACGGCAGAAGAGAUGAGCGCUUUACCACGGUCUACCUGCCUCCGAAAUUCCAGACUCGCAUUGCGUCUUUCAUCGGCCUUGUAUGGCUCUUUGCCGCCUCGACCGGAGUGACUUUCACACUUGGACCCCUGUUGCUUGGUCGCAAGGUGACUCAAUGGCUUUCUCAAUCCAACCUGCCGCCCAACGAUUUGUAUGCCUUUACUGUCGGCAUUCACAUCUUUGCGGUUCUGGGCUACGCGGCUGCUUACGCCCGGCCUUUGCAAAGCUAUCUCAAAACCAAACUGUCGCAGUGGUCCGGUGCAGAAACCCUUUCGGCAAUAAAAUAUGCUCUGGGGUUGGCGUACUUGACGCUUUACACAGUGCUGGUGCUCCCCUUUGUCUUGUCGUUGAUCGCGGAGCUGUAUGUCCACAUCCCGCUGUUCACUUAUCUGGAGAUGCGUCAAGAGGGGUCCAAAGCAGCCAAUGUCUCCAGUCAACCUGCUGCCACUGUCUUUAUCCUCCAGUCUUGGACGAUCGGACUGCUCUACCUCCGGCUGCUUCUCAGAUUGGUCGUGCACCAGGUAGCCCCCGGUUCACAGGCAGCCACUGCUCUGCGCGCCAUCACUCGGAAUGGUCUCCUCAACCCCGACGUUCCACUAGCAAGUCGGGCGUUUGUUCUUCCCACCAGCGUGGUCUGCUUCGGUCUGCUCGGUCUGCCGCUCGCGUAUGCGAAGGCGGUCAUCCUUGUGCUGGGCUAUCAAGACCCCGAAGCUCAAAUGCGGCUCUAUCGACUGGCUUACCCGGGUGUCCUGGGCCUCAUUGCGGUCUGGCUGGUGAUGAUUGGUUUGCAACGUCAGUUGGCCAGUUGGAGAGUCAAGAUUCGCGACGACGUGUACCUCAUUGGCGAGCGACUGCACAACUUCCACGAGCCGACGGGGCAGAGAGUUGUCAAGGACAAGGUUCUGUAG